AAGCAGAUAUUUGGGCUUUAAACUAUGGUAUUUUCUUGAGUUUGGCAUUUUUCAGCUCAUUCUGUGAGUUCAUUUUUUUAGAGCUGGGUAAAUAAAUAGGGAUGAAAUGGAGAAGUCAAGGAAAUUGGGGUCAGUGAAAGAUGAGGAUCACUUCUAUCAUCAGGGUGCAGUAGAGCUGCUGGUUUUUAACUUUUUACUCAUCCUGACAAUACUUACCAUUUGGCUGUUUAAAAACCACCGAUUCCGCUUUUUGCAUGAAACUGGAGGCGCGAUGGUUUACGGUCUCAUAAUGGGAUUAAUUUUACGCUAUGCUACAGCACCAUCUGACUUUGAAAAAGGAACGGUCUAUGAUUGUGAGAAGCUUGAAGCUGGCUUGCCCACUCUGCUUGUCAACAUAUCCAAUCAAGUAUAUGAAUAUCAGUACAAAAGAGAAAUCAGCCAGCAAAAUAUUAAUGCACACCAAGGCAAUAUGAUGCUGCAAAAGAUGACCUUUGAUCCUUCCAUCUUCUUCAAUGUUUUAUUACCUCCCAUUAUAUUUCAUGCAGGAUACAGUUUAAAGAAGAGACAUUUUUUUCGCAACUUGGGAUCACUUUUGGCAUACGCAUUUUUAGGGACUGCAAUCUCCUGUAUUGUUAUUGGGUUGAUCAUGUAUGGGUUUGUCAAGGCCAUGGUCCACAUCAAUCAGUUGAAGAAUGGCGACUUUCACUUCACCGACUGUUUAUUAUUUGGUUCUCUGAUGUCUGCUACAGAUCCAGUGACUGUACUUGCUAUUUUCCAUGAGCUUCAUGUUGAUACAGAUCUCUACACACUCUUGUUUGGUGAAAGUGUCCUUAAUGAUGCUGUGGCAAUCAUUCUCACAUACUCGAUAUCAAUUUACAGUCCAAAGGAGAAUCCCAAUGCUUUUGAUGCUGCCGCCUUCUUCCAGUCUGUGGGCAAUUUUCUAGGGAUCUUUGCUGGAUCAUUUUCCAUGGGAUCUGCCUAUGCAGUUGUCACUGCUUUAUUGACAAAGUUUACCAAGAUCUGUGAAUUCCCUAUGCUGGAAACUGGCUUGUUUUUCCUGUUGUCAUGGAGUGCUUUCUUGUCUGCUGAAGCUGCUGGUCUUACAGGCAUUGUGGCAGUCCUUUUCUGUGGAGUCACACAGGCCCAUUACACAUACAACAACCUGUCAGCAGACUCCAAAAUGAGAACAAAACAGCUGUUUGAGUUCAUGAACUUUUUGGCUGAGAAUGUUAUCUUCUGUUAUAUGGGAUUAGCGCUGUUCACAUUCCAAAAUCACAUCUUCAAUGCAUUAUUUAUAUUUGGAGCAAUUGUGGCAAUUUUCAUAGCAAGAGCCUGUAAUAUAUACCCGAUUUCUUUCAUUCUCAACUUGGGCCGAAAACAAAAGAUUCCCAGGAAUUUUCAACAUAUGAUGAUGUUCUCAGGUUUACGUGGUGCAAUAGCAUUUGCACUGGCUAUACGGGACACAGAAUCUCAGCCCAAACAAAUGAUGUUUACUACCACCCUACUAAUUGUGUUCUUCACAGUCUGGGUGUUUGGAGGAGGCACCACACCAAUGCUUGCAUGGCUCCAAAUCAGGGUUGGUAUAGAUCCAGAUGAAGAUCUGAAGACAGAACCUGAUACUCAGCCUGCAAGUAACCCGGAUAAAAACACCACAAAAGCAGAAAGUGCCUGGCUCUUCAGAAUAUGGUAUGGCUUUGACCAUAAAUAUUUGAAGCCCAUUCUCACCCAUGCGGGACCACCACUUACUACAACCUUACCUGAAUGGUGUAAUCCUGUGGCCAGAUUGCUAACUAGCCCUAGAGCCUAUGGGGAGCAACUGAAGGAUGAUGAUAUGGACUUUAUUGUCAAUAAUGAUGAACUGACUCAGAAUUAUGAGGCCUCUGACCUUUCUCCAGUGCCAGCACAGAGCAGAAAAAAAUCACCCUAUCCUGCAGGUGAAGAAAACAUUUAUGAAGGAGACCUUGGCUUAGGAGGCUAUGAACUCCAAUCUGAACCUGUCCCAGGUCAAUCCCAGUUGACUUCUUCUGCCUGAAAUCCAGUGAAAAUGUGCAUCACAGGCACAACGAGGAGCUCAGAAGCCAUGUUUAUUAUGCAGAGUUAGUGAGAAGCUUGAAAAUGUAUUAAGGGCAUAAAUUGAGGAGAAGAAAAACCUUGCUGGAUCUCUCCCUGGAGCCUAGAGGAACUGAGAAUUUAUUAUCAUCUCUAUACAUUAUACAACUACAUUUAAUUUUUCUGACAGUGGCAAUUCUUAAUAAUGGAAUUGAGGGCACUGCCUGCUACUGGGACAUUACAUAUGCACUCCUAUUCUCUGAUCAGGCUUCAUCAUUCCUGUUCCUAUCUUACAUACACACAAAAGCGCUGAAUGUUAUUCUUCUGAUUAAUUCAAGAGAGGAAAGUGUGGGAAUUUAUUUAACUAGGACAUGUUCCGAAGAUCACAGGCAUGUUGACCCUUUUGAUCUCUUGCCAGUACACUAUCUUGUGGGGAUGAGGUGGACAGAUUUUUGUACAGCAAGCUGGGGGCAGAGGCCUGUGUCCCAUCAUUUUGCAAUGCUUUACAAGUCUUUCAGUAUGUGGCAGUCUGCUAACUAAGGGUUAAUAAUGCAGCAGACAAAAACUGGGCAUUGAUAUAUGAGCUACGGAAACCUAAACAGAUCAAUAAGAGAGGGUUUUAUAUUAUUAUUUUGAUUGAGCAUGAUCGCCAGUAUAGACAGCAAUUAUGCAUCUUUCCCUAACCCAUUUGUUGCCAGUCGUGUGCAGUAGAUUCAUAAUACAAAGUCCAUGUGCUGGCUUGAAGCAAUCUUUCAUCAGAUUCCCUAAUGUUCACUGUUUACUUCUGGAAUCUUGAGUGAGUGUGUGUGUGUGUGUGUGUGAUGUAUAGGACUUUCAAAAUAAUGUGUGCACAAUCUUUUGCAUCUGCUGUGCAGUUUUAGAAAAAUGCAGAAAGGAAUGAGAGUCUUAGACUAAAAACUGCCCUGCAUAUAGUGUGGAGUAAAGGUGGCCUGACCUCAUGAGCACAAGAUCAUCACUGUACCAACCCACAAAUUAGGAAGGUUUGCAAUGAUGCCCCAAUGCACUAUAUUUAUAAACACCCAUUUACUAUAUUACACAGUAUUAUACGGACUAUAGUAGGGUGGGACAGCAUGGCUGAAAUGUUUGAUGUUAACUAAAUGCUACAGAUAAGGUGACUAACUGUCUUCUUAAUGAUAUCUGAGUCUUAUCAGGAAGUCCACUGUGGGCAACCUGUCCUCAUCCUGUCCCACUGCUUCCUUCCCUAGUAGCCCUUUUCAUACUCAUCUGAAGCUGCCUUAUAGUGAGUUGCUCCAUUGGUUCAUCCAGUUCAGUGUUGUCUACACAGGCUGGCAGUGGCUCUCCCGGGUUUUAUUGCUGCCUAGAGACAGCAGGGAUUGAAACGGGGAUUUUCUGCAUGCAGAGCACAUCCUCUUCAGCUAAGCUGCAGCCCCUCCCUAGCUGUUCCUGUGUGCCACAAAGCCUUCCCCUGGUGGCAUUCUCAGUAUCUGGAAAGAAAGGAAUGGGUGCUGAAAUACAACAGCUCUGUGGCGAAACACAGUGCAAACCCAGAUGAUGCAACUAUUAAACUGCAAUACAGUGUUUAUCUUUGUUUUUCAUUUCACUGUGGUGUGCUGUUGUUUACAGUGCAUUCUGUCUGUUUGCUGACUUCUCCAGCAUUAGAAGAGCAUCCAGUGUCUACAAAUGUUUGGCUCCUUGGAGCCUUAUGUGAAUGUUAUUUUGUUGCCAUUCUUUGUCCUCUAAUUAUUUCAAUCAUCUCCCCCAUCACACACACAAAAUGUAAUGAAUCAUAACAAAAAUAGAAUUCAAGAUCUUUUGCAUCGCUAUUUUGGCUUAUAGAAUGUAUUUCUACAAUUUCUCCAAACUUUGCCUCCAGAGCAGGAUGAGCAGACAAAAAUAUGAGGCCAAGAUAAGAAGUUAAGGCAUUCCAAGUAUGCAGGUAAUAGUUCUCAUGCCUCCAAUCUGAUCUGUAUGAUUUUUAUUCAUUCACACUUCUUUAGUGCAAUAAGUAAAAGCAAGGCAAUUGCCCUCUUUGUAACACUGUCUUCCAGACUUAUGUGCAUUUUGAUGUAAACUGUUUUCAGUGCAAAUAACAUAGAUUAGAUGUUGUACCAUGCACCUCAAAUCAACACAAAUUUACACUAACAAUGUCAUGCAAACAAGUUAUAGAGUCACCUCUGACAAGUUGUUUUUUUCCUUUUAUUACCCAUGACCCUUCAAUACUUCUUAGCCUAGUGCUAUAAGGCAUUGUUGCAAAAUACAUGCCCAAGCAACAUGUACUUAAAGGCACAUCUCCUUGGGAACCUCCUUCUGUGCUAUCAUACAGCUGGAAGUACGACAAGCAAUCCCAUGGAAAAGGGGAUUCAAGAUCUCAAAGUGUAACUUACAUUUUACUUCCUUGUGCACGAACCAAGGACAGCCCUACCAACUGGUAGAGUGAAGCACUUGCUUCAGGCAGCAGAUUGGGGGGAUGGGGGGAGCUGUGGCAGCCCAUCAGCCAUUUCUCCUGAAACUGCCAGCCAUUUUCCUCUGCGUGCUGCACAGCCCAUUGUACACACCCUAAAGGAGCAUAGGCCACCACCAGUGUUGAAGUCAAGAUCCAUUCAGCUUCAAUAAAUGAAAUGGGUAUGGGCUUGUUGAAAUUUUCAUAGGCAACAAAAUAAUUUGCCAUGAACCGUUGCCCUAGUCCAGCUUGGGGUUUCCCAAAUUUGCUUUCUGGCUACUCAAAUGUAACACAUGUAGAUUUCAGGUGAGAUGAGUGGCUGCAUCCAAGACACCCUCAAAAAAUUCAGUGCAAUUCUUCAAUGAUAGAGGUUACACUUUAAGGCCACAAUACAAGUACUCAACUGAAAUUAAUGUACAUAAAGAUGAUUACAUUGGAUUAUCACUUCUGUUUCUCAACUCAGGAAUAAAGUUUCAAGUUGCUUAUUGCAAAGCUGUAAAAAAGUUCCCACUAUACAAGUUAAGCUAUAAACUAAAGUUGAUUAAAGAAGACCUCAUGAUUUUAGAUAUCAUCUGUAAUCUGUAAGAAUAAAUGUCAAGUUAUUUCAAUGAAACUCUGAA